AUGUCGGGAUACAGCUUUCUGACUUCCGGUGCCCCAAGACAGCCCGGUGAAAGCAAGUGGAAAUAUCACAUUCGAAAGUUGUUUACGCUAAAAACUCUAACAAGCCUAGAUGAGGAUAGGCAAAAUUCCAAUCUUGCCAAAACUCUAAAUCUUUAUGAUUUAAUAAUGAUCAGUUUGGGUGCGAUAAUUGGCAGCGGUAUAUUUGUGUUAACUGGUGAAGCUGCUGCUACAAAGUCUGGACCGGCCGUGGUCAUUUCAUUCUUAUUGGCUGGAGUUACUGCCAGUUUCGCGGCUCUAUCCUACUGCGAGUUGACUUCCAUGAUCCCGAUUUCAGGUUCAUCUUAUACAUUUGUAUAUGCAACAAUGGGUGAACUUAUCGCCUGGAUAAUUGGUUGGGACUUAAUCUUGGAAUAUUUAGUCGGUGCCGCUGCAGUUGCCGUUGGUUGGUCGGGCUACUUCGUCAGUUUCUUUGCUGAUUGUGGUGUGAUACUCUCGAAAUCUUGGACCAGUGCUCCCGUGAAAUACGAUAUCGCAUUAGGCCAAUUUCAUAUUGUCCCUAAUGCCUAUUUCAACGUGCCAGCUUUCUUGGUUGUGAUUUUUCUCACUAUACUGUUGACAAUAGGAAUUAAAGAAUCUGCUAGAGUAAACACCACAGUUGUCAGCAUAAAACUUUUAGUGAUAAUAAUCUUUUGCAUAGCCGCUGGGACGCGUGUGAAUCCGGACAACUACAAACCAUUCAUUCCAGAAAACGAAGGUACAUUCUCGAGAUUUGGUUUCACUGGUGUUUUGGCCGGUACUAGUGUAGUAUUCUUUGCGUUCAUCGGGUUCGACUCAAUUUCAACAACUGCGCAAGAGACAAAGAAUCCGCAGAGAGAUGUUCCGAUUGCCAUUAUGACCAGCUUCGCCAUUGUCUCGGUUGUUUACGUUGCUGUUUCGCUCGUACUAGUAGGUGUUGUGCCAUAUCGACUGCUUGCGAGUCCUGCUCCACUUGCGGUAGCUGCCGACAUGACGGGAAUGAAAUGGCUUGGAAUAAUAGUAGACCUUGGUGCAGUGUGUGGUUUGAUAUCCGUAAUUCUUGUGUCUUUGAUGGGCCAACCACGUAUUUUCUUGGCGAUGGCAAAGCAAGUAUCUUACCAUUUCGUUACAUCUGUUCAAAAUUUGGAAACUAAAAAAGUAUUGAUUAUUUUUUCUUCCAGUGAUGGACUGUUUCUCCCAUCCUUAGGAUCUAGGAUCCAUCCUCGUUUCCAAACUCCAUAUCUUACCACCAUACUUUGCGGUACCGUUUGUGCUAUAACGGCUGCACUGUUUCCCAUUGAUAUUCUUUCAGAACUUACAUCCGUUGGCACCUUGCUUGCAUUCUUCUUCGUUAACAUUGGAGUCAUGGUAUUACGUCUAAUUGCACCUGAUGCUCCAAGAAAGUUCAAAGUUCCGGGAGGUCCGGUUUUCAUACCAAUCACAGGAGCUUCAUUAAAUCUACUCCUGUUGGCGACCGCAUCAAGAAAUAGCAUCAUAAGAUUGUUCAUUUGGAUGGCGAUUGGGCUGUUGGUUUAUGUGUUUUACGGACGACGUCAUUCGAAAGCUAAUAACUCCACAAGAAAUGUAGACCUUGAUAACGAAAUGAUGAAGACAAACGUUAAUAAAGAGGCCGGUCUAUAA